CACUUUCGAUGGGUAAUUGGUGGGUCCCGCCCGUACUCCUUGCUCCGGUGCUCUGAUCUGACGGCUUUGCAAUGGAACAGGAGUGUGAAGGUCAGGAGCUGCAUUCGCCGUCCGUUACCAAUACAGAUUGCUCAUGCACGAGAAGAUCCACGUAGUUGUAGCAGGUGUUAGCAACGCUAUUAUACGAGGUCUCUUCUGUCACCGCCUUUGGCAUUUCAGUCAAAAGAAUUGGGUCCUUGUGAUCUUCAUUGCUGCAGGGACGACAGUUGCGCUUGCUGGUAGCAUAGAGUUCUCUAUCCAGAUCUUCGCCUUGUCCGGCGACGCGUUCCAUUUGUCUUCUGUCUCUUGGCUCCUAUAUGCAAGCCUCGGCGCUGGCAUCGGUGCAGACGCCACCAUCGCUUCAUCUCUCUGUCUUCUCUUGCGACAUUCCUAUACAGGACCAGAUUUGUGCAAUCGAACAAUGGCACGGACAAUCAUCGUCUACGGAAUCAACACCGGUCUGCUCACAAGCCUAUGUGAAAUAUCGUGUCUUGUGACUUAUGCUACCAUGCCUCAUAAUCUCAUAUUUCUCGCUCUUUUCUUCAUCCUCCCAAAACUACUAUUUAACGCUCUCUUGGCUACUCUGAAUAGUCGUUCAGCGUUGCGCGAAGUGCGAGAAAAUUUCAAAAGUUCGACACAGGUGACGGCGCCCUCUCGGCUGCCGGCUGAGUUCAGCCCAAGACAUCGGUCCUUGCGAAGUCGCUCAGCGAUGGUUCUGUUCUGAGUCCUGCCUCCCCCGGCCUCCCCCGGUGUCAGACAGAUAUCCCGCUCCCGUCAGUGGUUCGACCGAUGACUAUCAGAGCGUCCGUCAAACCGUCUAUCAUUGAUAUGGAGAGUGGAAUACAUCGGUUUGAUCCGUCCUCUCCUCUACCUUCAGG